CUAGAUCAAGCUAAUAAUACAUACCCAAUUCUCGAAUUCUCGUUCUAAAUUUUGUUCUUACGAUCCGCUUCGUGAAUCGGAUCAUUUGGUGGAUUUAUUGUCCAUCAAAUUGGUGCUCUCAUUGAGAGUUCGAGAAUCAUACUCAGAGGAAACCCUCCAUUAAGACGAUGGUGCAAACACGCAGUAACGCCAAUGUGGGUACCGGAGUUCCCCAACAUGGGGAGAACAGCACCACUGGAGGUCGGAACCCUCCCAUCACCACCGGAGAGGCUGAGGCCCUCAUUCAGAGGGUUGGAAUCACGGCCGAACAAUUCAAAGAGGUGCUGGCCGCACUUGCACCCAACCGCGAGGUUGUGGUAGAAGAAGUGGCUGGGGGACCCACAGGCGGGAAGGCUGGACUCGCGGGCUCCCAAGGGAAAAAGAAGAAAGUAAGGCGACCAAGCCUAAUGGGAAAGCUGUGAUCGCGGAUGCGCUUUCCAGGUUGGACGAAGAGGACGAGUCGUCCUCCUUUGAGCGGAUGUCUGCCUUUGACCGUUUGGGAGACCCCAAGUCAAAGAAGCCUCGGACCUCUGCGUUCGAACGGUUGCAGGACACUCGGUCGGCCCGAAAGGGCGACUUGAGGGAUGCGCUCAAGGAGAAAAGGGG